AUGACAUUGAAUUUACCAACUUUUAAAGGAGAUAAUAUCAGAUUUUUAACAAAUACAAGAAUAAUUUUCCCGCCUGAAACUGAUUCCACUAAUGAAAAUAUAACUAUUGUUGGUAAAAAAGAGAAUGUUAAUAAAGCAAAAGCAAAGUUUGAAGUAAUGAUAACCGAUAUUGGUAAUGUCAUCGAAGAACAGGUAGAAAUCAAUGAAAAAUAUCAUGGCACUUUAGUGGUCAAUCAAAAAAAAGGUUUACACAAAUUGGAAAAAGAAUGUGAUGAUGUUAAAAUUGAAUUUCCUAAUCUUGGUGCUGGAGAUAGAGUUGUGAUCAGCGAUAGCAAAGCAGAUGUUACUUUUUCUAAACCAGCGGUCUUCACUAGAAUUUUAGAAAGGGCCAAAUGUAAUUUUUGAAAAUUACUUGCGGGCCGCAUACAUUUAUAAUAAUAUUAACAACCGUAACAUUGAUUUUUUUUCAGAAAAAAAUCCAUUUUUUAAUUCAACUAGUUUGUCUUCCCUUAUUUUAGAUGGGUGGAGAUAAUUUUUAGAAAAUUCAAUUUACUGAGUUAUGUAAUGACGAUUAAUAUUAUUAAGUUUUGGAAUAUUUAUGGUUUUACGACAAAUUAAAUAUAAAGCAUCAUGUUUCUUACCAGAAAUAUAGAAAAAUUCAAUCUCCCAACUGUCUUGAAAUAUUCUGUGUUCAUCUUUGAUUUUACGUUUCGCCAUGAUAAAUAAUUAAAAUGUACGUGAUAAAAUACAAACGGACAAUAAGCGAUAAUAGAUAAACUUAUCAUACAAGACUACGCGGUGGAAAUGAAUAAACCCAUAAUCGUUGGUACCUGCUUAUCUGACCAACUGAAUUUUGGAUUUUCGAUUACAAUUUAAUUUUAGUGAGGGC